GUGGACACAUCGGAUGGCGUGAGCCAUGAUUCCAGCCAGGAUUCCAGCCAUGAUUCCAGCCACGAUACCAGCCACGAUUCCGGACACGGACGUCGACUGCAUCGUGUACACCACGGACGUCGGCUGAGCGGUGAAGUGUCCGAGCUGCUGUCGAACAUUGCGUUCUGUCUGACCAGUUGCGGCUUUGUGGCCUUCUUCGUCGGGGUCUUGAAGCAGCCGCUGAUCCUGGGAUAUCUGCUGGGUGGUGUGCUUGUGGGCCCCAACCUUGGCCUGGACUUGGUUCACAGUCAUGACAACGUGGCCGAGAUCGCCAACCUUGGCUUGGUGUUCCUCCUGUUCAUGAUCGGUUUGGAGUUGGAUGUCCAUGAGAUUCUGCGAAUGGGCCGCGUGGUGCUGCUGACCGGCUUCUUCCAGUUUCCGGUCUGCUUUGGUGCCCAAUACCUGAUCUUCUCGGGACUCGGACUGCUCGGUUUGAGCUUCGGUACUGGCGAGUAUGCAAACAUGUACGUGGCGCUGGUUUGUGCGAUUUCAUCAACGAUGAUCGUGGUGAAACUCCUCUCAGAAAAAGGCGAGACGGACAGGCCCAACGGUCGUCUCACCGUGGGCAUUCUUAUCUUCCAGGACAUUUGGGCCAUGGUCUUCUUGGCGAUUCAGCCGAACCUGGCCAAGCCUGACCUCUUGACGCUAUGCAAGCAGUUCGGCAUGAUUGCUGCGCUGAUCGUUCUCGCACUCCUCUACGCGAAGUUUGUGAUGCCGGCCAUCUUGUUCUUCGCCUCCAGGAGUGUUGAGCUCAUGCUUGUCCUGUCCUUGUCGUGGUGCUUUUUCAUGGGAGUCACUGCGAAUCUGCCGUGGGUGGGUGUCGGCAUGGAGCUUGCAGCUCUCAUUGCAGGAGUGGCCCUCGCCACCUUCCCUUACAGUGCAGAGUUUAACGGGAAGAUCAAGUACAUCCGUGACUUCUUCAUUACUCUAUUCUUUGCUUCCUUGGGAAUGCAGAUCCCGAUGCCGUCUGUGCUGCCAAUCGUCACCGCCAUCCUGAUUGCCUUGGUCGUGAUGUUGCUGCGGUGGGUGGGCAUGGGCCCCGACGAGUUGAGGGGGAAUGGAGAUGUUGUCCACACUUUCGUGCCGGCUGGGUAUGUGACUCUACUAGUAACUAGUAGGAGCUUGGAUGUGGUCCGGAACAGACUCUGGAUAUUAACCCUAAACCGCUAG